AAGCAGUUCGUUACCGCCUCUUCCUCCUUUUUGCCCUGGGACUUAAGGCAGGCGGGAGAGGCAAAUGCUUUUUACUGCUACCGCCUGCCGUCUCUUCCGUACUUUCUCAACCAUGGGAGAAGCCGCUUCGGUUUUUCUAAAAAUUCCUAGCAAAGAAACAGCUUUGCCUGGCAGAAAACAGAGCCUCGUCCGUAUUCCAGAUAAACAUCAUGUGAAUGGGAAUAGUAUGGUUGAACCCUUUCCAGAAGGAAUGCAAGUGGCAAUAUUUGGGAUGGGCUGUUUCUGGGGGGCAGAGAAGAAAUUUUGGAAGCAGAAAGGAGUCUACUCUACUCAAGUAGGUUACGCAGGAGGAUAUACCCCAAAUCCCACAUAUGAAGAAAUCUGUUCAGGCAAAACUGGCCAUACUGAAGUUGUGCGAGUGGUAUUUCAGCCAGAAACCAUCAGCUUUGAGAAACUGCUCAAGGUCUUCUGGGAGAAUCAUGACCCGACACAAGGGAUGCAGCAGGGAAAUGAUGUUGGGACACAAUAUCGAUCUGCCAUCUAUACAGUCACCCCAGAACAAAUGGAGUCUGCCUUGAAAUCUAAAAGUGAUUACCAAAAGGCAUUGACAGACAAUAGGUUUGGAGUCAUCACAACUGAAAUCCGCGAGGCUCCGGAGUUCUACUAUGCUGAAGAAUAUCACCAGCAGUACCUAAGCAAACACCCUAAUGGUUACUGUGGACUUGGAGGCACAGGGGUUUCCUGUCCUAUUGGUAUUAAAGUAUGAUCCUUACUCACAGGGCACAUAUCCAACAUAAAGAAUUGUGUUUUGGAUUUUUACUGCAGAGUUCAGUGUACCUUUAAAUAGAAAUAAAUUCAUUACAUUUAGAAAAUCUGCAUAGUAGAGGAGGAUUUUCUCCUUAGGCAUAGUUCUCUGCCUUUUCAGAGGAUGAAUAACCUCCUGAUACUGCGUAGGAUCACUCUUAAAAAUAUAGGAACAUCUGAAAUGGCACUGAACAUGAUGAUUUAUAUCAGAGACAGGCAAUUUCUGAAGUCAUGAAGGCCGCAAUGGUCUGUCUCUGGCAUGUUGAGGGCUAAACUCUAAACGUGCAAUGUCCAUUGGUGCAAUGUUUAAAAGAGUUAUGUGUUUUUUUUUAAAAAAAAACAAAUAAAUGCACAAGCUAUUGCAAGGAUCAAGAUUAAGGAAAUCUCACUCCUUAAGCACUCUCCCAAACUCUAAAAUGAGGGGAAACAGUUUGAAUAUUUUGGCUCUAUUUAUUGGCCAGAUUUGCAAAAGUGGUCAUGGUAGAUUGUAUGUAACA